UGUUGACCCCGGGUAGCUGCACCGGAUCCUCCAGCUAGCUCUCACCUUUGAUUAAAUCAUCUCCAACCACAGAAAAUAUGUUUCUUCGGUGUUAGAACUCGCCCACUCUCCAGGUGAGCAGAUCAGUCUGCUGAAGCAUGAAGAAGAGAAGCAGACGUCCUCGCCUUACUGGUAGGACGGCGAGCCCGGAGAAGAAAGGAAGCAGAGGCCGACCUCGGAAGACAGUUGCCGUCACAACCGAUGGUUUCUAUGGUGACAAUGCUGGGAAAUUGGACGACGGAGUAGAGAAACAUGUGGAGGGAAAGUCCCGGUCCUCAGGCAGACUGUCGACGGCCAUGUGUCGGCUCUGCCACGGGAAGUUCUCCCCCCGCAGCCUCCGUCACGCCUUCGUCAAGUGGCCCCGCAACUCGCCGCAGGCGGCGCCGGACGAGGAGUCGCCGCUUCUCUUCCACACAGACUUCCAGCGGCUGGUGGGCGUGCCGCUGGACCGGGACCCCCGCCUCUCCGACUUCAUCUGCAAGAAGUGCCACGCCAAGUUCUACAAGUGCCACAGCAUCCUGCUGCGCUUCCUGCAGAGAGUCAACCUGCCGCCCGCCGAGGCCCUGGGGCCCGGGACCCGGAGGAAUGUGAAAUGUCCUGAAUCCUCAGAGAACCACGGCUCAGCAGCUCCUCCGUCCUUCACCUCCGACCCAAAGUGCCUCCACAGUCUGGUGCUGUGGGCUCACCAGCACGCCGAGGCCUGCCGCUCCUGCCCCGACCUGAAGGAGGUGCUGGAGGGUCAGUGCUGGGGGGCCGUCCGGGCCGUGUGGGGCUGCGUGGACGGCCACACAUACACCAUGGACACUCGCUACGCCGCGGCCUCCAGUGUCAGCGUGAACUUCGGCAGAGCGACAGUGAGCAGCAACGGGGAGGGAGAUCUGUCAGAGGAGGAGCAGGAGGGGGAGGAGGUGGAGGAGGAGCAGCCCUCAGCGGGGAGUCCUGCAGCCACGGCGCAAAGCUCGCUGAUGGAGAACUGGAGAGCUGAAGAUUUCUCUGUCCAGGACGAGGCGCUGUCCCCGUCUCCGGCUCUGCUGGAGGAUCAGACUGCAGACAGCGAGCUGUCAGACAGGGUGGCGUCUGAGGAGGAGUUUGAGGGGAGCAGGAGAGGAGGUGCACUGCAGGAGGAGGAGGAGGAGCUGUUUGAGCCGUACUCAGACAGGAGUGUCUCCAACAAGAGAAGAUCCGGAGACAGGACGGCCCAGGAGCCCAAAGUCAAGAAGAAACCAGGACCCAAACCAGGCUGGAAGAACAAGUUCAAACCCAAAGGAGAGGAGCUCCCAAACAUCUACAAAUGUCCGUAUCAGGGCUGCACGGCGGUCUACAGAGCCCCGGAUGGCCUGAAGAAACACAUCAAGGAGCAUCACGAGGAGGUUCGGGAGCGGCCCUGCCCCCAUCCCGGCUGCAACAAAGUGUUCAUGAUCGACCGCUACCUGCAGAGGCACGUCAAGCUCAUACACACAGAGGAGAGAAACUACAUCUGUGAUCAGUGUGGCCAAACCUUCAAACAGAGGAAACACCUGUCGGUGCACCAGAUGAGGCAUUCGGGGGCCAAACCGCUGCAAUGUGAGGUGUGUGGUUUCCAGUGCCGCCAGCGAGCGUCCCUCAAGUACCACAUGACCAAGCACAAGGCCGAGGCCGACCUGGAGUUCGAGUGCCUGAUGUGCAGGAAGCGCUUCGAGAAGGCGCACAACCUCAACGUGCACAUGUCCAUGGUGCACCCGCUGACGCAGACCGAGGUGCAGCGGGGACCUGACCAGCCGCCGCAGCCGCCUGAGCGGGCGGCGGCUGCGUCCUCGGACCUGCACGCCGUCACGCUGAGCGGGGAGGCGGUCCAGCAGGAGCAGGACAGAUGACGACUGCAGGACGCCACAAACUGUCCAACAGCAGCACUUGGCUUCUCCAACGCAUCCUCCAAAAGAGACGCUCGGACUCCCAACGUCCUGCAGACUUCGUCUCUUGAUGAAACACUUUGUUACAAACUCGUCAGAUUUUCAUUCAUGAAAGCAAAUAUGAGGCGGCAAAUCUGAGGAUGAAGCCGGAGAGGAAACGGGGCUGGUUUUAACUGGUUUUAAUGUUCAGUCAGAAGGACGCAGAUCCACAGCUGAUUACAGGUACGACGAGGUGAAAAUGCGGCGUUCAAACAGGAACUGGUCUCCUGUGCUGGAGAGUCUCAGAAGAAAGUAAGGUUCACGCCAAAAGAUUUUCACAGUCCCAGACUAGAAACAGAAAAUGUUUUGUAAAUCUGGGAUUUUAACUGGAGUCAAAGCGCACCCCCGUACUGAUUCGAUUGUUGAGCUCGUAAUUGCCGCUGUUACAUGCCAGUCUUUUCCUAGUUUUGGGUUUGCAAUAAUAUCAAACAUACGUGUCUGAUAUCAACGCAAGUCUUUGUAAAAUCUCAGUCUGAGACUGAGCUGUGAGUAAAAUCUCUCAACACUUGUCUUUAGGUGUGAGUUGAUAGGUUUCAAGGAGUCUUUUCCAGAUCUUUUCAAAGUUGUCUAAUGUAUGAAAAUCUUCAGUUUCAGCUGCAGUUACUGGGAAAUGAAUUCUGCAACAGAUCUUGUGUUUACUGCAUCAGGAAGCUAAAGAGUUAGCCUGGGGAGCUAGCGCCAGAAAAUGGUUGCUCACAUUUUCAGUUUCCUGUUUUCGCCUGUGAAUUUGGCUCGAUUGAGCCUUCAGACUGUGGUCAGGAGACACUGAAGGAUUUUCUCAGACUGAAACAGCCGUAAGUUACAUUUUGAGUGAAUUCAAAAUGGCUGCUGCACCUGACUUUACUCUUCCUGUUAACAUUGUGGAAAACAUGCUGAGCUGUACCCGAGGCAUCAAGAAGAAGAGGUUACAAUAGUAAAAUGGUGAAUAAAUGCAGAAUCUACAUGUUAAACUGAGUCCUGUGUUUUGCUUUGAGACUAAAUAAGCCAGAAGCCGUUAGCCUUGAAGUUA